GUAAUUAGCGGCUUGCAGGCCACGGUCACACUGUGGACUACGUAUUUUUUGUCGAUGUAAACGUUUAUAUAUUAAACAUAGCAGAUAACACCUAUGGAUUCCAAACUAGAUAUGUUCGAGGACGUCAACACGUCGCCUUCCUUGGAGGGCGACAUGUCGAUUCCGGGCAAAAGAACCACAACUGCAACGUCCGCGAGCGGAGUGCCGGAUUACAACACCCUGGACGAGCCCAUUAGCGAGACAGUGCUGAGGGAUAUUCGGGCCGUCGGCAUUAAGUUCUACCACGUCCUAUACCCCAAGGAAAAGUCCAGCCUGCUACGCGAUUGGGACCUUUGGGGACCACUGGUACUUUGCACCUUCAUGGCCACCAUACUACAAGGCUCCUCCUCCGCCGACAGCAUGGCGGACAACGGACCCGAGUUCGCCCAGGUUUUCGUUAUCGUCUGGAUAGGCGCGGCCGUAGUCACACUCAACUCCAAGCUGCUGGGCGGCAAUAUCUCAUUCUUCCAAUCUGUCUGCGUGCUGGGCUACUGCCUUACGCCGGUGGCCAUUUCCCUGAUUGUGUGCCGGGUAAUCCUGCUUGCCACUCAAACGCGGCUGCUCUUCUUUCUGCGUUUUGUGACCACCACCAUGGGCUUUGCCUGGGCCACUUACGCUUCCUUUGUUUUCCUGGGUCAGAGCCAGCCUCCCCAUAGGAAACCACUGGCGGUGUACCCCAUCUUUCUGUUCUUCUUCAUCAUCUCGUGGUUGGUACUUUCCCACAAUUAGGCCAAUUUAUGACGUUUCGUUAGUGAUUAGUUCGUAAAGAAAACAGUGCACGUUCCAUAGCGUAACCAAAAAAAACCGAAAUCAAUUGUACAUUUCUUUAAGCUACAAA